AUGAAAAUGUCAACAAGCUCAAAGGAUAGAUUUUCAGCCGAUAUUCUGUGCGAGUUCUUCGAAGUGGUGGUUCACAGUAUUUUGUACAGCCGUAAAAUUUACCCAGAAGCGAUUUUCGUUCAAAAACGUAAGUACGGAACUGUUGUUUAUCAAUCAGUGCAUCCAGAGAUAAACGAAUACAUUACCGAAUCCUUAAAGGCUGUAAACUUUCAUGCCAGGAAAAAUCAGUUAAAAAAGUUGUUUGUUUGUUUCCACACUGAUACUGCUUUGUAUGAGAAGUAUGUUUUUGAUGUUUUGGAUAUAAAGAACAUUCUAGAAAGGGAUACUUUUUUGGUUGAUUUAGAACAAGCUUUCAGGACUUUCUACCUUAAAUUGCAUUCAUCAAAUUUCUAUUUAAAAGAUUUGCCAGAUGAUGCCACGUUUAGUGUUAGAUUGAUGACUUCUGCAUACUCUAGUGUUGAAUUUAAUCAACAACCUUUGUAUGAAGAUUUUCCAUGGACUGAGGUAACUGACCAAGAAAAUAUCAUAGAACCGGCAUGUAUUGUGCCAAUUUACACAAUUGAAAAGGAUUUCUUGACUUUGCAAAUGUACAUUGAAAAAUCUGCUGAUGUUUAUUAG